CUAUCAAUCAGAGAUGAUGACGUUGUUUACCUACAGAACAAGUGAGAUGCGGAAUGCCAUCGGUAUGCGGCCAAGGCCUAGCGAUCCGAAGUCGUUCACCAUCAUCGUCAACAAUAAAUUUCUGAAUGUUGACUAUGACGACUUCUUUGAAGAAACUGGGUGGCAACAUAUUUGUGUCACGUGGGAAAAUGGCGCAGGCAACUGGAAGCUAUACGUCAAUGGAGAAAGUGUCGAAAGUGGCUCUGGCCUUCAGCCAGGCGUGGAAAUUAAAGGAAAGGGUGAAUUAUUGCUCGGACAAAGGUACAGAACUGGCUCAGAUACAAUUAAACAGGAGCACGGUCUUGUCGGGGAGAUCAGCCAUUUGAACAUUUGGAACAGGACGCUGUCUACGACGAUAUUGCUUGCGAUGUAUAGAGGAUGUGAUUCUACGGGAGGAAAUUUUUUCGACUGGUCAUCGCUCCUUUCUGGUCAGGUGGUGGGUCAAGUUACUAGGGAGACGUCGGCAGAGUGCACGUUUCCAGACGAGGUUAUCAGCUCCAAAAGAAAUCUCUUCUGUGAGGGAAUGACAAAGGAUGGAUGUUCAUCUCCCCUGUAUGCCCUGUUCGACGGAACGAAAGAUUCAAGAGCCAAGAAAUGGAGAUGUUACUUCUCCAACGCUUUGACGCAAGACAACUCUGGUCUGUUGGCGUACGACUAUGAAAAAGAAUCAUCUUGUUACAUAACAAUUGCCAAUCCAGAUUUUUAUCUCAUUACGUAAUUUAAUAUUUGGUUGGGGUUUAGGUAGUACAACUCCAACUGGCCUGGUUAGAGUCCAAACAAAGGGCGUGGCAAAGA